CCCGAAAAAUUGCCAGAAAAAAGGUUUCCAGGGGGUAGAUUUUGUCGAUGAAUUUGAAAAUGUUAGUUCCAAACGUCGAAAAAUGUCUUAAAACCUCAAAAAAAUCGUGUUGAUUUUUUGCGAAUUUCUGCUCUUACAAAAUUUUGAUAAAAAUCCCAAUAAAAAUUUCCAGAUUGUCUGUAAAUAUGCAAAUUCUUCCAAUUUUCUUCCCACUACUUAUCACUUCGCUUCACGCAAUUCCACGUGGUCGGCGGGCGGUUCGGAACCGCAACGAAGGAGACAUCAAUUCCUUAGUUGGAGUAGGUCAAUAUCUAUACCAAGGGGACAUUGCAGUGGUGAAAUCCAGGGCUCGGCGAGCCGUAAUCCGACAGAAGCACAAAAAGUGGAAGCUUCCGAUGCCUUACUCUUUUGACAGGAAUUUUCCCUCCCGUUCCCGACAGCGAGUCCUUGAAGCCAUGCAAUUUUGGAGUGAAAAAACAUGUGUAACAUUCCAUGAAAAUCGAUAUGUAUACCCCCAUGUGAGCAUAUUCGAAGGAAAUGGAUGCUGGAGUUUUGUUGGAAAGCAGCCAAGUCUCCGCGAGCAGUCGUUGUCACUGGAGCGCAGUUGCACCGAUCACACUUUUGUGGUGGCCCAUGAGAUUGCACAUACUCUUGGAUUUUAUCAUGAACACGCAAGAGGCGAUCGGGAUCAAUUUAUAUCGAUUGAUUAUUCGAAUGUUAACCCGAAUUUGACAUUUGCGUUUGCAAAAGAAUCCGAAAAACAACUGGACCAUCAAGAAGCGGCUUAUGAAUACGGUAGUGUGAUGCACUAUUCGGUAGAUCAGUUCGCCGUGAACACCAAUCGCCCGGUGAUCUACGCCAGAGAUCAAAAGUUCGCUCAGGCUAUGGGAAAUCGGAUGAGAGCCACGUUUCAGGAUGUCUCGAGGAUGAAUGUGCUUUAUAAUUGUCAUGAACGCUGUGCAAACACCCUAAACCGGUGUCAACAAGGCGGCUACCCGGCUCCGAGCGACUGCUCCCAGUGUGUGUGCCCCGAUGGUUUUGGCGGGAACUUUUGUGAGACUAUUGAGGCCCAUUCAGUAGGCCAGAAGGAUAAUUCGGAUUGUGGAGGGGUGUUAUGGGCUUCCGAAACAUCUCAAACCUUCUACGGAGCCGUGCGCACCAGAGUCCACUCGAACUCCGUCCUACCAACCCCGGAGCACUGUUUUUGGCAUAUUAGAGCAUCCCAAGGAAAAUCCAUAGAGAUCCAAAUCAAGAACAUCAUCUCACCAUGCUCCAUGUCAUGCUCCUUUAAUGCUCUGGAGCUCAAGCUGUCAAAUUUCACAAUGACAGGUCCCAGAUUCUGCUGCGACGAGCACAUCUACAAUAGGUACUCCCAGCCAAAAGUCUUCCAGUCAGAAGGUCCCUUAGCUGUAAUUGGAGCAUAUGCUAGAUACGAUUAUUUGGAUUUUAAUAUUGAAUAUCGUGCUGUUUAGGUUUUUUUGUUAACAAUUUUACAAAAUGUAUCUCACUUUUUCAUCCCGUUUUCUUUCCAUUUCCCCCUUUUGAUACUCAAUUCAAUGUGCCACGUUGCUUUAUUUUGUUUUUUAUUCCUGGUUUUUCAAUAAAAUUUUGAAGAUUUU